AUGAGCUCUGCUACUGCUGCUGAGCUCGAUGUGCGAGCAUUAGAGAAACUAAAGGACAUUUACGGAGAUCUUGCCCAAGUACCAACACUUUCCAGUGGUCGCAUUCUGAGCACGGGGAGAUUUAUUCAGGUAUCAUCAGUCUGGGACAAUCACGCUAUCUCACUCAAUAAAAGCACAAAAACUCAGAGAUCUUCAGUUCUCGAAAAAGUAGAUGGAACUAGAGAUCUGCGUUUGAUCUCUACAACAUCUAUGCCGUUAACCAGCUUCGAGUCGCAGUCGUUUGCAUAUUCACCAAGCAGUUCCCUGGUAGCGCAGCUCAUCACUAUACCUGAUGGAAAGGAUAAGAAGCAAUAUCUUAGGUUAUUGUUCCGUUUACCUUUUUUGUUAGGUUUUCGAUCAAAACGAGCACAUUGA